GAAUAGAAUUAUGAGUAUGACAACGUCAGGCUACUUCCAAUACACCUGGUUCAAAUGAAUGGGUCGUUAUCACGGUUCAGUACUAGGACAGUACUAUACACUAAUACGUGUAUAUCAGUAUAGGACAGGCAUUGUUGAAACAAGAGAAUGGCUGAAGGUUCCAAAGCCUAUAGAACAUUUGAGAAACUACUUCAGAGGGUGGGAGGGGCCAACUUUAAUGUCUCGUUAACCCCGGGGAAACACUCACGUUCGCAUGUUAUCUUGUCUAACAGCCCCGAGAUCGGUCUGGACCGGACCACGACCAUAACACCGUAGAACCGAAGACCACAGCUCAGCGAUCGAAGUUCCGUGAUUCGGGGAAUGGACAGCGCAAGCCGACUAAAUGGAGAGGACGUUGCCCUUAAAGAACAGGGUGACGUCGAGGCACAGGAGGCGGCCAAUGAGAAAGAGUUCCGUGGCAUCAACAUGAACCACUACGCCACCAAGAAGAGUGCUGCCCAGAGCAUGCUGGACGUGGCUCUGCUCAUGGCCAACUCCUCCCAGCUGAAGACCCUGCUGUACGUGGGGCCACAGUACCGCUUCUACAUCCCCCUGCUGGUGCUGCUCUCCCUCUCCAUCACCCUGCAGGUGUUGGUGGGGCUGCUGCUGGUCUUCAUAGUAAAGUAUGACCUGAACGACAUGAGGAAGCAUGCCAAGCUGAACAUGAUGAACAACUCUGCUACAGUGUUUGUGUUCUUUACGGUCCUCAUCAACAUCUUCAUCACCGCGCUCGGCUUCGAGGGGAGCCGGUAGGCACACACACACACACACAGACACGCCAGCUGUGAUGUCACUGCCAGAGCUCCCGUCUGUUCUGCAGACCACAGGCUCUGUCUAGUCCCAUGAGCCUUUGCUCCAAACUUACACAUUGGGUCCUGGCCUGGACGUAUCACAUCACAUGACCUGGCCUGGACGUAUCACAUGACCUGGCCUGGACAUAUCACAUCACAUGACCUGGCCUGGACAUAUCACAUGACCUGGCCUGGACACGGCUGAGACAACAGCAUCAUAACGAAAUCCAAACAGGAGUUUGGAUUUCGCGGGAACAGCAGUGAAUCGUCACCUAUGGCAACAGAAUUUAUUUUUCCAAUUUAUUUUUCACGUGUUGCAGCUUGCAGGCAUCAAAUUCUGAAACGGUGUAUACUUAAAAAUACUUAAAAAAUACAAUUAAGUGGGUCAGCGAUAACAUUUAUAUUUUUUCAGUCAGUUAAAAUUUCAAGAAACUUAACAAAUCAAAGAUUUAUCGUUUUAUAACAUUUUUGAAAAUAUCCCUUUUCUGGAAAUGAGGUUUGAAUGUACGUCUAGCAAACACACAGAGAAUAUUUUUUGCAAGACUUCAGAGUUUCAAUAUUUUAUUUAAUAAAACAAACUUUGGUGA